CUUCCUCCAUCAUCAUCUGAUUUUAUUUAAUCCUACUUCUUUUCUCUUUUCCUAUCGUCUCUCCCUUUCUUAACUUUCUCUUGGGAUUCGAUCUCUUUCCGGUUGCUAUUCCUGAUGAUAACUGUCAAAUCUUCUCCAUUUGCACAACAUCUCCUUUAGGGUUAAUCUCAAUACCUACCGAGAUCGAGUAUAACGAUUAAAGGAUGGAUUCCUUUACACGUGUACCUCCUGGCUUCAGGUUUCAUCCAACCGAUGAAGAACUUGUAGACUACUACCUAAGGAAAAAGGUUGCAUCAAAGAGAAUAGAAAUCGAUUUCAUCAAAGACGUUGAUCUCUACAAGAUUGAGCCAUGGGAUCUUCAAGAGUUAUGCAAAAUAGGAAACGAAGAGCAAAGUGAAUGGUACUUCUUUAGCCAUAAAGACAAGAAGUAUCCCACGGGAACUCGAACCAAUAGAGCGACAAAAGCAGGAUUCUGGAAAGCCACUGGAAGAGACAAGUCUAUAUAUUUGAGACAUGGUCUUAUCGGUAUGAGGAAAACACUCGUGUUUUACAAAGGAAGAGCCCCAAAUGGACAGAAAUCGGACUGGAUCAUGCACGAGUAUCGUUUAGAAAUCAAUGAAAAUGGAGCUCCUCAGGAAGAAGGAUGGGUGGUGUGUAGGGUCUUCAAAAAGAGAUUGGCGGCAACAAUGAGGAGAAUGGAAGAUUAUGAAUCUUCGCCUUCUAAUUGGUACGACGACCAUCUCUCUUUCAUGGCCUCCGAGCUCCAUUCCAACCCCCCAAGUCGGACUCUUCACAAUCAUCAUCAUCACCAGCAGCCAUUUCCCUAUGGCCUCAAUGCGUCUUCAGCUUGUACACACAACAACAAUCCUAACUUGCAAUGCAAGAAAGAGUUGGAGCUACAUUACAAUCACAUGGUACAACAUCAACAACAAAAUCAUCAUCUUCAUGAAUCUAUUUUCCACCAGAUUCCCCAGCUUGAAACCCCUAACAGUAACUGCAACUCUCUACCUUAUGGAUCAAGCAACAACGGUAAUAACACAAGAAAUAUUGGUAAGUUGCAGCAAUCAUCAACUCUCACUCACCAGGAACAAUUUCAACAAGGGAGUCAAAGUUUUAGAUCUGUUUAUUACGAUCAAGAUGACCAAGUGAAUACCGAUUGGAGAGUUCUCGAUAAGUUCGUUGCUUCACAGCUAAGCAACGAGGAGGUUGCAGCCCCAGCUUCUGCUUCUACUCAUCAAAAUAACAACAAGAUGGACGCAAGAAACACUGAUUAUCAAAUGCAUCAGGGAAUGAAUCUGCUGGAGAAUGAUUCGGAAAGGGUUUUCGAUAUGGGAGAAGAGCAUGCAAAUGCUCAUGCUGGUUUUAGUUCUUCGAGUUAUCAGAUUGAUCUCUGGAAAUAGUGAUAAAAAAGAAGAGGAUGCAAGAUGAAUAUAUGUGAAAUAUACAUGCACACUAGUGCUGUGAUCUAAUGAUGGUGGAGACCAGUUUAUAAUUAAGUUGGAAAGAACAUGGAGUUAUUUCCCGAUAUAUAGAGGUUUUGUACAUAAUAAAGACCUAAAGAACAGGGUAUCGCUCCAAGUGGUUUGCAUGUUGGCAUAUAACAACUAUGGCCACUCAAUUCCCUGACAUUAGUUGUAAGGUAUUUUGAAUUCGGAUAGGCAGCAUGGUACGAUUUCAGGUUAA